AUGAUUGAAUCGAAAGCUAGCACUGUAGAAUUACAUGAUAUGGAUGAAGAGGCUCUUCGCCAAUUGAUCGACUUUAUUUACACAGGUCAACUCACAAUAAAUUCAAAUUUAAGCCAUGCCCUUCUAACAACAGCCUCGAUGUUGCAACUAAAUUCAGUUAAAGAUGCUUGUGCAAAGUAUGGACUAAAGUUCACCGAAAAAGCGAACGUU